ACCGGAUAUUUUACCUCCGGUAACAGAUCUCGCUCCUCCCAGACACCGGAAGCAAUCGUCGGUUUUGGUGACGCUGCAUUAGACUGCAAGACAUGUCCCGGAAUAGGCUGCUCGCGUGCUUCCUGCUCAGCCUGGCUCUUGCCGGAGCCCAGGCGCUCACACCGGCGCACCACCUCUCCCUGCUCGAUGUGGCCCGGCUGCAGAACCUCCUGAGCCAACAGUUCACCGACCUGGAGUCCGCCUACCACUCCGUAUUGGGUCUGACCAAGCUUGGAGCGGCUGUUUCCGAUCACAAACAAGUAUGCCAGUUCCUCAAAUCCCAGCUCGACCCCACCAGCCUGGACUCUGUCUUCUUUGCCGCUGAGACCAGUCAGGCCAUUUCAGGAUGUGAGAUCCCCGUGUCCAAUGAAACCCGUGACAUCCUUCUGGCAGCGGUUAGCGAAGACUCCACCGUGACUCAGAUUCACCGAGCCGUGAGCGCGCUCAGCUCUCUGGGACUUCCUCUGGCGUCUCAGGAGGUUGUAGGUGCCCUGACAGCCCGCAUCAACAAGGAGGACAAUGUUAUGGCGAUCACCUUAGCUCUGCAGACAGCAGCGCGCCUCUCCCAGCAGGCAGAACUCGGAGGAAUACUGGAGGAAAUCGAGGAUCUGACGGCUCGUUUGGAUGAUCUUGGCGGCAUCUACCUCCAGUUUGAAGAGGGACUCGAGGCAACUGCCAUGUUUGUGACAGCUGCUUACUCCCUGUCAGAUCACGUGGGCAUGGAGCCCCCUCUCAAGGAGGACCAGGUCAUCCAGCUGGUGAAUUCCAUCUUCAGCAAGAAGUCCUGGGACUCCCUGGCUGAGGCCUUCAGUGUGGCAAGUGCCGCCGCCGCUCUCUCCAACAACCGCUUCCAUGUGCCGGUCAUUGUCAGUGCUCAGGGCCCAGCCACGGUGUCCCACAGCCAGCCCACCCUGCAGCUCCUCGUUACUGACGUCAUGUCUCAACCUCUGGCCUCGGCCAAUGUGCUGGUGGAAUCUGCGUAUGCCGUGGCUUCCAAGAGCAUCAUACUCAGCCAAGCGCCCUUCACACUUAAUGAUGGUGUCUUCGAACUGAACUUCAUGUCCAACCAGCCCGCCAGUGGAUAUUACCAGUUUACCAUUGCAGUGACUGGGGAUGACCGACUGGUUGCCAACCACGUUGAGCUUAAAGUAAAGGUGUCCACUGAGGUGGCUGUUACUAACAUGGACCUCUCUGUGGUGGAUAAGGACCAGAGCAUCGGCACAAAGACCACCAGAGUGGACUAUCCCUCCAAAGCCAAGAGCUCCUUCACCGCGGACAGCCACCAGAACUUUGCCAUGUCCUUCCAGCUGGUUGACGUCAACACUGGCGUGGAGCUUACCCCUCACCAGACCUUUGUCCGGCUGCACAAUCAGAAAACUGGCCAAGAGGUCGUGUUUGUGGCUGAACCCGACAGCAAGAAUCUGUACAAGUUUGAGUUGGACACAGCAGAGCGGAAAUCAGAGUUUGACUCCAUCUCCGGUACCUAUUCCCUCUACCUCAUUGUUGGGGACGCUACCUUGGAGAACCCCAUCUUGUGGAAUGUGGCUGAUGUUGUUCUGAAGUUUGUGGAUGAGGAGGCCCCAGCUACCGUUCAGCCCAAGACCCUUUAUGUACCCAAACCAGAGAUCCAGCAUUUAUUCAGGGAACCAGAGAAGAAGCCUCCCACCGUGGUCUCCAACACCUUCACUGCACUCGUCCUGUCUCCCCUCCUGCUUCUGCUCAUCCUGUGGUUUAAGCUCGGAGCCAACAUCUCCAACUUCAGCUUCUCUCCCAGCACCAUUCUGUUCCAUGUAGGACAUGCAGCCAUGCUGGGCCUGAUGUACAUCUACUGGACCCACCUGAACAUGUUCCAGACUCUGAAGUACCUGGCGAUUAUUGGCGGUGUAACUUUCCUCGCCGGGAACCGCAUGCUGGCCCAGAAAGCAGUGAAGAGAAUUGAGAAAAAAUAAGGGCAAGAAAAAACUAAAAGAAGACACUGACGAAGCUCAUUUUUUUGUGUCCAAGGAGUCAUUCAACAAAAUCAGACUUUUAACAUGGCAUGGCAGCCCAAGAGAUCCAAUCAGCGGUUUAAAGAUGCAGUCUGUCUGCGCUGCCAGAUUGAAGAAACCGAGACAUCGCGGCGUCACUGAGGACAAACGCUCAGUGACUGAUUCUCCUACUGAAGGCUGUAAAGCUUCUGAUCAUUGCACUUCAUCUUCCUGUGAGAUUUGUUUUCUUACUGUCCAACAUGCCAGUGUUUUCUAAGUGAGCUGGGGUUUUUAUUUGUGGUUUCUCGAUGGAAUUUGGGUUCAUUUGUGUUUUUCUUUUUUUGUUUUUUUUGUUUUGUUUGUACAUUCCUCUUGGUUGUCCCUCAGCGCCCAUUUCACCUCCUAACAGAAGUUGUGAGUCAACAUAUUUCAGCUGAUUAAAAACGCCACCGGCAGUAGCACUACACCUGUGCGUUUGGUGUUUCAGAUGUGUAGGAGGAGCGGGAGUCUCGCAUUUGAUACAGAGAUUACAGCCCCCCCCCCAGAAAAAUUGUUAAUAAUAAAAUAUGGGCAGUUUGAGGAUGUGAUGUUUUUGUAAUGAAGAGGAGGAAAUAAAGAAAUUUAGGUGAA